AUGCCAUUCCCAUCAAAUUUCCCUACUUAUCCAUCAAAACAGCAGUUUCUAGCCUACUUGGAGUCUUACACCAGCCAUUUUGGUCUACAACCUGUUUUCAACAACUCGGUGGUCAGUGCGGAAUUCGAUUAUCGACGGGAGUUGUGGAAGGUAAAGACUUUGGGAUCAAAACAAAUGGAGACUGAGUAUGUAUCCAAAUGGCUAAUUGUAGCGACUGGCGAGAAUGCUGAGGAAGUUAUGCCACAAAUUGAAGGAACGGAAGAUUUUGGGGGCACUAUUAUUCAUACUUGCUCAUACAAGAGCGGCAAAAUGUUUCGAGAACGGAGUGUUUUGGUAGUUGGAUGUGGGAAUUCAGGCAUGGAUGUUUGCUUGGAUCUCUGCAACUUUAAUGCUCGUCCCUCACUUGUGGUCAGAGAUUCGGUACACGUCUUGCCUCUAGAGAUGAUGGGAGUAUCAACGUUUGGAUUGUCCAUGUGGCUGCUUAAGUGGUUACCCACCAGUUUCGUGGAUCAAUUUUUGUUACUGGUGUCAAAUUUCAUGUUAGGUGACACUUCACAAUUAGGCCUCGAUCGCCCUAAACUUGGUCCUAUCGAACUCAAGAACAUGACUGGGAAGACACCUGUAUUGGAUGUUGGGACUCUUGCUAAGAUCAGAAGUGGGGACAUUAAGGUCUUCCCGGGUAUUAAGCGACUUAGACACCACGCAGUGGAAUUUGUUGAUGGCAGGAUAGAGAAUUUUGAUUCUAUCAUCCUAGCCACAGGUUAUAAAAGUAAUGUACCAUCUUGGUUGAAGGAGACCAACAUGUUUUCGGAUAAAGAUGGGCUGCCCCUAAAGCCAUUUCCAUAUGAAUGGAAAGGAGAAAAUGGAUUGUAUGCCGUUGGCUUUAGUAAGCGUGGUCUACCUGGCGCAUCAAUUGAUGCAAGAAGGAUUGCGGAAGACAUUGAGCUUCGCUGGAAAUUAAGAUGA